UAUGGGGCUGUGCGCGCUCAACUCUCAACACCACUUACAUAUGGGGCUGUGCGCGCUCAACUCUCAACACCACCUACAAGCAUGGGGCUGUGCAUAAAGCUUCUUGCUGGUAGCGUAUGGGGCUGUGCGCGCUCAACUCUCAACACCACUUACAAGAUGCUUGUUCAAUCAAUAAUGCCGUAUUGCUGUGAGCCACUCAUUACAGCCACUGAGGUGAUUCUCAAUCCACUCGAGAAGGCACACAACCAAGCAUUACGACCCACUCAUUACAGCCACAGAGGAAGCACCACAAUAUGUUCUCUUAUCAAAGAGAUGGCCUUGAUCCUGUAUGAGAAGCUACCUCAUCAAAGAAAAGGCCUUGAUCCUACCAAGACAUCUGAAAACGCAAUCUGGUUUAAUACACGUUACAAAUCGAUCAUACCAAACGUCUCUCUACCCAUGAACCCAUUAGCAGACACUGAUGGAGUUCCUCUACCCAUGAACCCAUUAGCAGACACUGAUGUAGAGUAUUGCAUCCAACUGCUUGACUACUUCAGCAAAUCAAACACCCCUCCAGAACAAAUGCUCUCACUGGCCCUUGAGACAAUCAAUGUCAACUAUCCUGCAGACCAAUGGCUCCAGUGA